AUUUCUUUCGAACUAAAUAUCUAAACAGUUAAACCCAUCAACUCUCUGUUAAUGGUAGAAGAAGUAUUUUCUACUCUUGCAAAAUCCUUAACAACAAUAGCUAAACGAAAUGCUCGUCAGAUUCAGAGGCAAAUCAGUAGCUGUAUCUCAAUAUUUUUACUCGUCAAGUGCAACCCCAGCUCCUGCCGCGACACAUUUCUUGGUGAAAUACCUGGUUAAUUCUCUAGGAUUCUCCAAAGAAGAAGCAACCUCUACAUCUUCCAAGGUAACUUCAUGGAAAUCCUUAAAAAAUCCCGAUUUAGUCCUCAAUUUCUUGAAACAAACCGGUUUGGACGAUACCCAGAUGAAAAAAUUAGUUUCUAGAGCACCCAAAUUGCUAUUCUAUGAUUUUCCCAAAACCCUAAAACCCAAAUUCCAGUGCCUUAUGGAUCUCGGGUUAUCCGGGUCGGACCUGGUGAAUGUAAUCACUAAAGAUACAACAAUUGUUGAAAGAGGUUUAGUUACUCAUUUGAGACCUACUAUUGACUGUCUUAGGAGAACUUUGGGCACUGAUGAAAAUGUAGUUAAGGCUAUAAAGAGAACUCCAUGGUUGCUUUCUUUUGGUGCUUAUCAUAUUAUGGAGUCUAAUGUAUUGUUGUUGAGAAACUGUGGUGUUUCUGAUGUGAAAAUAAAAACACUUGUGCUUAGGAAUCCUAGGUGCAUUACACAAAAGACUGAGUGGGUUAAGGAUUUAUUGCAUAGGGUGGAGAAGGAUUUUCAGGUUCCUCUUAACUCCCCUAUUUUUCCUUAUGGAUUUCAUACGUUAGCCUCGCAAAAGAAGUCUAGGUUGGAAAAGAAGAUUGAAAUUUUCAAGAGUUUUGGAUGGUCUGAUGAUGAUAUACUCGUCAUGUUCAGGAAAUUACCUUAUUGUGUAGCACUCUCAGAGGUUAAGAUUAAGAAAGCAUUGAAUAUUUACAUGAAGGAGCUCGGGUUUGAACCUGCUUAUUUGGCUUCUCAUCCUUCAAUUUUGGUCUAUAGUUUGGAAAAAAGGGUGGUACCUCGGGUGCAAGUCUUGAAAAUUUUGGAUGAAAAGAAGGUUGAGAGGAGAAAGUUGGAUCUCUAUUAUGUUCUGAGCUUAACAGAGUUGAAGUUCAUAGAGUAUUUUGUGCUGCCCUACAAGGAUCAGAUACCUGAAUUGUAUGAAUCACACAACAAAACUGUGGCUUCUUCUUACCAGGGACGAGAGGCUAUGGGAAGAGAUAAGAGACCUCGUCGUUCUGGUAGUUCUAGUGGUACUUCAUCUGGAGGUAGGGGUCAGUUUGGUAGAGUCCAUCAUAGUAGACCAUCUAAUUCUUCACAACAUGUGGGCCGUUGGGCAGUGUCUCGAUCAUCUUUCAGUACCCCAGUUCCAUCACCUUUUAGUGAUUACCUAAUAAAUGGUUAUCAAGAAAUAAUUACCAUGGUUCAGAAUGUAGCUUGUUGUUUAACUCUCUCAGAGGCUACAAUCAAGAGGGAGUUGGAUUUUCUUAUGAAGAAUUUGGGAUUAAAACAAGAGAUCUUGGCUUCUGCUGCCCUUUUUAUCAAAUAUCCUGAAGAAAAGAGUCCUCUAUUAUUAUCAAGUUCUCCGGCUAAGUGAAUCAAAGUUUCUAGAGCAAUCGGUGCUGCCUUAACGUGGCUGAGAUUCCCAAUUUGUAUCUUACGCAAGAAAAUAGUACUUUUGAGGAAUAUCUUUU